AUGGCUUCCUCCACCACCUUUGGGGCUUGUCUUUAUUUUAGUAGCUUAGAACGUCUCAGGUUGGCUGAAGAUGGCAGACACCUCUCACGUCCCCCUUCCCAAUUGUCGAUUCAUCCCACAAACAAUGCCGGCUUCACGACUCAACCUUCCGACACUUUCACCAUCCUGACCCACGGAAUCAUACAGACCGGCCAGUUCUUCAACGGUAAAAGACUACAGAGGAGACGCUGCUCGGCAGCGGACAUCACUCCAAACACUGUCGCUUGGUUCGCUUCCUUGCCCCCUGCCGUCCAGAAAAAGUUAUUCUCGAGGGAAGAGUGCUCAUUCUACUCCCAAGAGAAAAACACCAUCAUCCUCGACUCGGCAGACGAAACACUCCGCCGCCGCAGUUCGCAUCCUGGUCAUUUUGCAUUGUUUGAACGCCGAGCCUCGGAUGACGGCGUCUCCAUUGUGGACUGCGAAGAACUCAAAGACGAACUCCGGGUUGACUCUGCUAUCGACAUGGGCGACUACUCAAUAGAGGGUUUUCGAUGGUUGGAGGAUGAAGGAGAUCUCGAUCUCAAGUUGGACGACUACCAUGCAGCGAUUGCAGAAACAAACCGCCGCACAAUGUCGGUGUCGGCACCAGUCCAGCGUCGCUCACGGCGAAACCCUUCUCUCUCGAGCCUUUCUAUACGCCGUGGCCGCAGCUCGACAUCAUCAUCCCGUCCUCCUAUAGAAGCGCCUCCGACGCCGGCAUUACCCUUGCGACCUCCUCACACCCGUUCCUCUUCGUUUUCUCUGAAACACCUGCGGUCUCAAGCGUCAAUAUCAUCUAUCGAUCCUCGAGCAACGCAUUACCAAGACCCUGCGGCUCGAAUGAAGCUCAGGCUCUAUCUUGCCUCCCCACAAAAGUUCGAUGAGGCCAUCGAGUUUGGAUUUCCUUCCGUAGAAGAGCGAGAACAGUGGAACCACAACAGACCGAUGACAAGCCCACAACCGAGGCCUGAAUUUAAUCGAACUUUCUUCCAUGACGACACACCAUCGCUAUCGGGGGAUGAUGGUGACGAUGGCGACGAACCGGAUACGAUAUUUGACCCUCGAACCCCUGAAGAAGCGGUUUUCCACAUGCACCGACAAUCACACGGGAACAGUGUCGAUGGGGCCAAAGGUCUAAGACCAUUUUCAAUCCGAAGACAGCCCGAAACAUAUGCCCGUGGCAUCCCUACAGAUCGGGAGAUGACGCUGCAUAUGACCUUGACGAGACCAGAUCUCCGCUCACCGGAAGAACAACAAUCACAACGAGACCGUCAAAAGAAGAUCCACAAACCACCAUUGGAGCGGCCUGACGCGCCCGCGGAUGGAAACGCAGUGUCCAUAUGGGAUACACUGCCCGCCGAAGAAUCCAAAAUGAAACGAUUUCUCCGAAAACUACGGCUCAAAUGA